AUGCCCGGCCUUUUCCGCCGCGCCCCUCCUCUCCCACCCUCGCGCGGCUCCGGAACGCCGCCUUCGGCAAACCUCGACUCGCCCCGGCCUUCCUCUUCCUCCGAGGCCUGCCUCGCCUCCUCGCGACCCGGCAGCCCUUUCCGGUUGCCGCUGCUGGUCCUCACGCGCCCGUCCGGUCGCCGCCGUUCCAGUUUAGGGACAGUCCGGCUCUGGCAACCGCCCGAGGCUGGUCCCAAGGGCCCCGGGACGCGCGGGGAGGGAGGCGUCUGCGGGAGCAGGACGGCGGCGCGCGCGAGGAGCCAUCGCGGGCUAAAUAAGGAAGACGGAGGCUGCUGCGCGUGCGCCCGGAGGCGCGGGGACGGGCUGGCGGCCUCGGGGAAGCUCGCCGGCCGCCGCCCCCGCUCCAGCGGGCUCGGGCCGGGUGGUCGGGAGCCCCCUCGUUGGACGACGGGCCUGCAGGCGGUGGCCAGGGAGCUUCCUCCGGGAGCCGCGAUGGGAGCUGCCCCCUCAGGCCCGCUCCUAGGAGCCGGAAGCCGGGCCUCGGCGCCUGCCUCAAGCCGGACGCUGAGCGCGCGGCCGGCCUCGGGCGGGCUGGGCUGCCCGGAGCUCGGCUCGGCCUUUAGAAACUCAUCUUCACUACCAGAUGUUGAUGUUCUUCAAGAAUCAGUCCCUUGGAGGUGAAUCAGCAAAAAUGGUGAAUACAGAACUCCCAAGGACCCAUCCCUUCGUAUAAACAGCAAAUAAAUUAGCACAACCUGUCAGAAUCAAA